AAGCUGCCAGAUCCAUCCCUCAGUUGCAGCUCUGUGCAGUAAAGAUAAAACCCCGGGGCACGUCCAGAACAUACCAGGAUAACUCGUCAUUUACACAACUUUUUUCUUUUUGCUCAAACGUGGAUUUUGGAUUUAAUGCACAACAUGACAUUUGAGGAACUAAGUGGGGAUUACUCUCAGGAAAGGAUGGAUUCCGUGGCCAAGGCAGUGGAGGAGCUGCUGACCUCGGCGCUGCCGCACGGCUGCAUCACCGUCGGCGUCUACGAGGCGGCCAAGUCCCUCAACGUAGACCCUGAUAACGUGGUUCUGUGCAUCCUGGCCACUGACGGGGAUGACGUGAAGGAUGUGGCCCUGCAGAUCCACUUCACGCUCAUCCAGGCUUUCUGCUGUGAGAAUGACAUCAACAUCCUGCGGGUCAACAACACCAGGCGCCUGGCAGAAAUACUAGGUGGAGGAGGCGGUGGAAAGCAGAGCGGGGGUGAACCUAUGGACCUACACUGUGUCCUUGUGUCUAGCCCACAUUCUACAUCAUGGAAGGACCCUGCAUUGAGCAAACUCAGCCGGUUCUGUAGAGAAAGUCGCUGUAUGGACCAGUGGGUGCCCAUCAUCAAUCUGCCUGAGCGAUGAACUCCUGGUCGCAGCAGCCUGUCCAGAAAGGAAUUUUAUCUGCACAGGAAGAAUGGUGUGAACCCAGAUGAACACAUUACCACCCAAAUUCUGAAGCACUGCUGACGGGAAAAUCAAUAAAAGCAAGAAGAAAACCCUGCUGUUAGCAUGGGACACAUUAAAAAGUUUAAAAGGCAAAAAAGCAGGGGGUUGGAAAUUCCACUUUGGAUGGGGCUGUCUGGAGCUGCAGCUGUCAGCCUCUGCAGGCGAGAUAAGAUGGCGAUCGGCUUGUAUUGCUACAAGUUGGAAAUUAGAAAAAAGAAGCAUGUUUGCUUUUCAAUGUGAAGCUCAGCCCUGCAGACGGAUUAUAUAUCGCGUUUGUUUGGUAAAGCCUCUGUGACGAGUCAGAAAAGUGGGGAGAAGCCAGAACACGGAGCUGUUGAGUGGACCAAGGCCUCGGCCUCUCUCUGCAGAAACAAAGCACUUGUUGAAGCACUGGACCUAUUGCAAUGUCACUUAUCUGAUUAAAAUUGUUCUUUUUUGACGUUGCUAUUAUAAUUUAAAAAGGGAAGGGCUGCACAUCCAGUGAAGAAAUUCUGUGUGUUUAGUGUUUCAUUUAACAGCUGUUUUUUUGCCACAAGUGAAAUAGUUUCUUUGUUACAAUUUAAGUUAUUUCUAAUUAUAUUUAAGUAUAUUUAUGUUAAUUUUUUUUUUACCUAUUUGCAAGAUUUGAAUAUAAGACACAUAUUUGUAAUGCUGUCAAUAAAAUAUUUUCUUGGAAAAAGA